AUGCAGACUUGUUCAUACGACAAUAUUACGAAGAACAAGCAGGAACAAUUGGAGUCGCUAUGUUGCCUCGAUUAUCGAACCUCAACUGAUAAAUUCUACCGUUCCGCUCAAGCGCUUCAUGUCAUCACCGGAAUACUUGGGAUUUACUGCUCUUUUCUAUACAUUGCUAAGUACUCAACAAAACAUCUACUACCUCAUAACACCAAGGUAUUCAUGUCUAUCACCUUAGCUGCAAUCGUGAUCCAUUCGAUUAGUGUCACUGCUCUUCAUAUUAUUCACCUCUUCCAGUCAUUCCGAGCUACAGCUGAUGAUCCGUGUAGCGUUCAGAACACCGCUAUUUUCUGCGCUCCAUUCCGUUAUACUUUUUCAUUUUGCGUACUCCUCAUGAUGCUGAACCAGUAUUUUAUAUACAUUGACAGAAUUCUGGACACAUUCUGGCAGUCGUACAAAACUGCCCAGAACUACAUCUUCACCUUUUUGCUCGCUAUUGAGGUACCCUUCACAACUUUUAUUAUUUUUUUCGUAUAUCGUCGAACUGAUCCAUCCGAAAUGUUGCUCUCCUGCUUAAAUGUGCCACCUUCAACCAUGAUGGAUGUGAGUAUCACAACCGCAGCGUUUCUUCCUCUGAACUGCCUCUGCCUUGUAAUGUCCAUCCUUCUCUUUCAAACGCAUCAGAGGAAAAUCAAAAAAUCGCGAUUCGACGUUGCACGACACUUCAAGGCGUCUAUGAAUCGAGACGCCAUGUCAUUUUUACGCUACACCACCGCCACACAGGCAGUAAUCAUAGUUAUGUACCCGAUUGUCGUGCUAACCUUCAGAUUCACCUCUCAUAAUACUCCAAGGACCUUGAAUAAAACGUUAGCCACGUUAGUUUACCUGUUCAACUGGUAUUGCUUACUUGUUCCCGUGGUUAUGAUAUACGCUGUAAAACGACGCCGUUCGGAACGACAACGACAAAUCGAUAAUGUUAUCGGACAGCAAAUUUCCGGAGAAGAAGCUUCUAACUACUAUUUUCGAUUGCUCAAGAACCAAUGGGAACAGGAAAUGGAAAGCAGAACGUAG